AUAUCUGCUGCCUAUAUGUGCACUGUGCCGCGGUGUGGGUCUGACUGCGAGCUGACGAAUCAGGUUAGGUAAUUAGAUGAAAAGCUGCACGUAGAAUUAUCUAUUUAUCUGCUUGUCAGAUACAUUAAUUCACCCCUCCACCCCCUCCUACGCUGCGAGCUCCGACUUUCUGACGUUCAUCUCAUUAUCUGACAGUUGAUCAAGAUCGUCAGAUGGUUUCUUACUAUACACGAUAUACAGUACUAUGUGUGUAUCCUAAGAGAAUAUAUACGUGCUGCGAGCAUUGUCAGUUCUCGAUAAGCUGAAAUUUAGACGUUCGCUUUGUUUACGCGUGUCUUUAACGUGCGUAUUUCCCCAAGCACUUUUUUUUCGAAGCUGACUCCAUCGAUUGUUUUCCCAACAACCCUCUUGUGCGGCUCUGAAUCAGUGAUCGUUUAGAUUGGUGAUUGGUUACAUGUGCAAAAAGUUGAGAGUGCAAUAAUAAAAUUUUUUUGAUUUAAGUCACGGUGGUUAUAAUAUCAUGUGUUGAGAAAUAAUGUGAGUUCCGAACGAGCAGCAGAAUGACAUAUACUGACACUGGUUAACUUAUUAUGCCUCGAAAGGAGAUUCUAAAGUCAAGAACAUGGGAAAAAGACAGGAGAGAUCGUAUGAAUGGAUACUUCAACGCACUAUCCAAUCUUUUACCUCCCAAUUUAGAUGGUCGCAAGAGAAAUAAAAUUGAAAUACUUGAUCAUGCAGCCAAGUUUAUUGAGGAUUUGGUAAAACACGAUGAAGUAUCAAUUACUGAUAAAGCUUCAGGUGUUCCAAAAGAUGAAUUGGUGUAUUUAAAGAAACUCAUUGACAAAUUGGUUUUAAGAAUAGAGCUUUUAUCCAACUUGCUGAAAGAAGCUGGAAUCUCUGUGCCUGUAGAACCAGCUCUAGAUAAGAUUUUACCUCUUAAAAGAUCAAAUAAAAUCAAUGUGGUUUCUGAAUUUGAAUUUGUAGACAACCUUGACACAGAACAAAAUGGAAAAAAGAAAAAAGAGAAGACUCCUUGCAAGGACAAGUUACAGAAAGAAGAAGCAAAAGAAAAAGAUCCAGAUGCCCCAAGCAAAACCCAUUUUGAAAAUCAUAAAUGUAGUAUAGAAAAUCGAGAAAACCAUGUAAAUAGUCAAUGCAGCAACAAAUGUGAUACUAGUGAUAAGUUACCUAUACCAGUGGAAGAAUCAACUCCAAAUAGUUCAGGAGAAACUUCUUCACAAAAAAAAUUAAUAAAAAAUUAUAAGAAGGUUAAACGAAAAAUCAAGAAACCAAUCAAGAAAAAUCUUAUCAAAAAUAUAGUGGAUCUUAAGCAUUUUCCAGGAAAUACAUUAGUUAUACCAGCAAGUAAAAUCAUGCCAGUUGUAACACCUGCUCAACAAAUAACAUCAAACAUGAUUGUAUCUCAUUCAUCAAAUUCAUUUUUCUUAAACAACCAACAACAAAGUCAGAUGAUUGUUGUUCAACCACUGCAGUCAAAUGGCUUACCAACUGUUAGUGGUGUUCAAACAAUGACUUUAAAUUCAGUACCUCAAAUUCAAGCUAAUAUGAUAGUCAAUUCACAAAAUUGGGUGAAGAAUAUAAAAACCAUAGCAUGCUCAAGUAAAAUUGGUGGUAACAAAGCUAUCUUGCCAAAAAGUAUUAAAGAAGCAACUAAAUCAUCAAUGAAAUUCAAAGUACCAAUACCUCCUUUAAAAUCUAACAAAAUUGAUGAUAAAGUUGAAAAAGUAGAUACGCCUACUAAUGAACGCAAAGAAGAUGAUAAAUUAUUACAAGAGUCAGAUAAAUCCAAUAGCCUUAUGGUAGCUCUGGUGAAAAGUCGGAUGAAUAAGAAAAAAAGGAAAAUGUCAUCAGACCUCGGACCUUGCAUUGCAAAUAAAUCUUUAGACAAUCCUCACUUAAAUGGUUCAGAAAGGGUUGCCAAAGAGGCAAAAUUAAUGCAAAAUGAAACUGAAAAUGUAUGUGAUAAAUCAAAUACAGUAGAAAGCAUUAGGCAACCCAUAAAAAAUAUUGAAAAAACAAUUAGGCCCGUAGAUAAUAAUUCCUCAGAGAACAUUUGUGAAUCAACUUUGAAAUCAAAUGCAACAUCAGAAAAUAAUAUUUGCUCCUCAUCAUUAAAAAGUAAUGCAGGACAACGACCCAAUGAUAAUUUAAGUAAAGAAGAUAUGAAUGUUGUUAAUAAAGACCGAACAAAAGAAAUGUCUGAUUUGAAAAAUAUUGAGUCUUCAUUAGCAAAUGUGACCAGUGAAAUAGCUGAUUUUAAGGAACAACAAAAAACUCCAUUUUCGGAAAAUAAUCAAAAUAAUAAUUUGAUCAACAAUAUUGAAUCUGAGCAAACUCAAAAAGCUGAUGAUCCAUGCAAAUAUCAGCUGGAAAGAGUUGAUUCAGAGAUGAAAAGUAUACCACCUCAGUUACCAAGAACGGAAUCGAAAAAAGAUCAUGAAAUCGCUCAAGAUAAAGAAAAGGAGAGUAGCAGUAAUCUUGACAGCAAAUCUCACGAUAACAUAAUUCAUUCAGAAUUACAAAAUGACGCUGCGAUCGAUCAAGUUACAUCUGACAAUACUAAUAAAAUCUUUUUAAACUUGGAUACCAAUACGACUACGUCAAUGACCGUGGACAACAAAGUCAACGAUAAAGUCGAAUCCGCUUUAACGAUGAAGAAUAAUUCAAGGCCUGCCAAGAUCUUGGAGAGCGACGACUCUAUAAAGCUGCAAAAUUCCGAAAAAGAGGAACAACAAUUGUUGAGAACCAUAGCUUACAGUCCGAACAACAGCUUCAUACCGAUAAAUCCGAAAAACGAUGCCUUACACUCGGAUCUGUCGAACGACAUUUUUGCCUCGCUUCAGGUACCCUCGAGCUCGAACAAUUCCGAGUCGAUAUCGCCCACCGCGGCCUUCUUGCUGGCCUUCCCCAUCGUGUCGUCGCUGAGCGGCAAAGCCGAGGUGCUCGACGACGAGAUGAAGGACGACUUCAAGUACAGCAGCCAGACCCCGCCGAUGCUGCUGCAGAUCGGUACGAUCGAGCCCAACAACUUCAAGAUCAAUUCGAGGCAGCAAGCCGGUGUGGUGGUGGGCAACAACAACGAGAAUUUGGAAGCGAUGAGUCAUCAACAACACUUGCAGAUGAAAACGGAAAGCGUGGAUGACACGAGCCCGAUGAGCGAGGCGUCGAGCAUGGCGAAGCAACUGCCCAGGAUAAUCAGCGACCAGAGCGUCUCGGAAACUUACAAAAUCAUCCCGACGUCCACGGGACAACAGGUCAACAACAGGCCAAAUAAUCCCGUUUCGGUACCCGAGCAAAAGUUGUCGGCCGUAGUACCAGCCGCAGCUGUUUCGGUGUCGUCGAACACCCGAGCAACGACGACGACGACGCAGGUGUCGAACAUGAAUAAUAACAGGCCAUCGCCGAGCAGCAGCAGCCAGAAUUACACGAUCAAUGAAAACAAGCAACAGCAACAAAACUUCCACUACACCAAAGACACGAAUUUGCCGUCGAUAACGAAUUCCAUGGCCAACGAUAUCUUGAACAAGUACAUCGGCACCAACAAUUCGUCGUCUUUGCCCGUAAACAACUCGAUGGGCUCUGAUAAUCAUCACCAUCAUCAUCAUCAACAUCAUCAUCAAAACAAAUACGAGGCGAAUAAUUACCCGAAUAAUAAUCCGAGCUGCGAGUCAUCGUCCACUCCCACAAAUAAUAGUAAAAACGAUCAACAACAGCAGCGAGUCAACAGCAGCAACUCGUUCAAUUUUCCUACCUGUCAAGUCGACAACGAGAUUCCCACCGAUCGGGACCUGUGCAAGCUUCAGAUCUGCUCGAUGGAAGACUUCACCGAGCGCAGUAACACCUACUCGGCGAGAAACAACACCAAGGACAACACCAACUCGUUUCAAGGUGCACAAGUCGCUCAUGUCGCGCCGCUACCAUUGCCACCACCCCCGGCUCCACCUCAACAAGCUACUACGCACAGCAAUAAAAACAUUCAGCCGGAUAAGAUGCAAAAGGCUGAGAUACAAAUUCAGACUUCGGCGCCGAUACAGCAGCAGAAUGUUCAGAGUCAAUCGGCGAACAAUAAUUUCCACUCGUCGAUCAAAAAGGUGGAAAAUAGGGUGUCCGUGUCGAGCGUCGUCAACGAGAGCAACAUUUUCUAUCAUAAGAAAACCGAGUUAGAGAUUCCGAGCUCCGCGGCUGCAUCUUAUAGCGUUCAAUGCGACAACAGCAAGAUCAACAAAAAAGUCAUGGUUUCCUCUUCCUCGUCGCAAACGAGCAACAAUUCAAUGUCAAAAAUGGCACAACCGACUAGCAGCAGCAGCAGAUCGAACAAUUUCCAGUCAACCGAGUCGUCACCUUACAUCGUGUCUAGCAGCGGUUACGAGGAAAAUACGGCUGCGGCAGCGGCAGUGCGUUCUACGACGACUACGGUCGCUGCAAGCACCACCAGUUCGAACUUCAGUAUUUUGUCCUGGACGACGUUUGCGCCGCACAGUGGAAAUAAUAACGGGAGCGGAGGCAGCAACCACCUCGCUUACAACCAAUACGAACAUUUGCCGCUAACCCCGUCGGAAACGACGAGCAAGACGACGAGCGUCUGCGAGAACUUCAAUUACGCCUCGUCGUCGUCGUCGUCGUCGGUGGUUUCGCUUUCGAGUUCGGUGUCGCAACCCAGCUACGUCACAACGAGCACGAGCCAAGGCUCGAACUUCGACAAACCCAAGCCGAAAUUGAGCGUAGAGCCGCACAAGAGAUCUUACGAAAUGAGCAACAACAAGUCGCGCAACGUUCGAGCGGCAGCUCCGCAGCAGACGUUCGUGCAAAAAACCACCGCUCGAAAUCACAACAGUAUCAUGCCUAGCUCCGAGUAUAAGUUUUCUACGGAGAAUAAAAAUAAAUACAAAUUCCUGGCGAACGACAUGGAGUACCAGCAGCAAAACAACUACGGUUUGCAGGCGAUGCCUCAGCAUCAGCAGCAACAUCAGCAACUUCCAACAUCGCAGCAGCAACAACAGCAGCUUCCAACGUCGCAGCACAGUCAGCACAGUAAUCAAAUAUCGCUAGCCAAAACUACGACAACGAGCAGUGUAACGACGAGUGUCGUACCGCCACCGCCGCAGCCCAUCAUCAACCACAAUAAAAAUGAAAAAGUCAACAACUUUAUGCUGGCGGACUACCAUAAUUUCAAUUCAAACAAUGGCGGUAUCCAGUCUCGAUACCCGCACAAUCACGACGCCUACGUCGUCUCGAAUCAGAGCUUCAAGAAUCAACAGGUCGCCGUGAACAAAUAUCAGAAUACGCAAGCGGUCGUCGCGUCGAUGAACCCCGACAACAACGUCUACGCGAACAAACACGUCCAGCAGCAGAUUCAAACCAAGAGCAAACCAGAGCAGAUCUCUCAGCAGCAGCAACACCAACAACCACCGCAGCAGCAGCAGCAGCAGCAGCAUAAUAAUCAGACAUCUCAGCAACAACAGCAGCAGCACAAUAAUCAUACGACUCAACAACAACAGCAACAGAUUGGGCACCAACAGCAGCAGCAGCAGCACCAACAGCAACCAUCCAGGGCACCGGUCAAUUGGAUGAUGACCCCAGAGAUAAAGACGAACACGUCGAAUCAACUUAGCGACAUCAUUUUACCACCGAUUUCGAUCGGCAAGGAUCUCGAGUUCUGUCAAAAUAAUUUAUUCUCCCAAGCACCGACCUACAACCAAAAUAGCACGAACCAUCAUCAGUUCUACAACAAUUACGACAUGAGCACGCACAGCUUUUCCAAUAUAGCACCGGUGCUGCCUGCAGAAACCAAACGCAGUAACGUGGAUGCCACUACGUCGUAUUACACGACGAGCGACGAGCAGCAACAGGUGUUCUCUUGGUCGCCGACCAAGGCCAUGACUACGUCGCAGCAAGUCGACGCUCAGAAGCCCGUCGUUAUCGAAUCCAAUCCGAUGCCUGGCCUCGGCGAGCUCAAUUUGCCCGACAAACAGCAGCAACAGCAGCAGCAGCAGCACAAUUUCUUGUUCGGCAACCAGAUGACCAAGGACAUUUCUCACAAAGACAAUUCGUCGCACGUCAUGCCUUUCUUGUCCGUUAGUCAGUUGGUUGAUCACGAGAAAGUUGAAAAGAGCCAACAGCAGCAGCAGCAGCAGCAACAACAACAACCGCCUCCGACGACCACUCGCAAACAGCAUAAGAAUGCAAGUCCUCGCACGAAACGUCAAUUGGAAAUGCGGCAAAAGCAGCAAGCCUCUAAUAAUAACCAGCAGCAGCAGCAUGAGCACGAAAGUAACUAUAGACAACAGCAGCAGCAACAGCAACAACAACAGCAGCAGCAGCAGCAGCAACAACAACAACAACAUCAGCAACAACAACAACAGCAGCAAAAGUAUAACAGCGAUCAGUGGCGCAGUCGAAAUUGCAAAAGCAACUAUACGGCCGAGGCAUUGAUCGGCAACAAUGAAAGCAACAUCUCCGACAAGAACAAGUACUCCAACUAUGGUCAAAUAAAUUAUUUCGCCAACGACAGCGAGUCCACAAACAGUGGCACCAGCUACGUCACGACGUCAAAUCAAAAUUUCAAUCCGUCCUACGCCUAUCCUUCCACCAACGCUGCCAAUAUCUAUUCGGGCAGCAACUUCACCCCGACGAAUUACAUGAUGCCACCUGCACUGCACGAGAACCACCCGACCAACAGCGGCGCGACCAGCGAGUACCUGGACGGAGCAGCCAAUGGUUUUCUGUUGCCGAGUGCAACACCGCUGCAGCUCGGAGAGACCGCGAAAAAUCACCACCACCAUCAUCACCAUCAGACGUACAAACAUCAGACGUCUUCGUCGUGCGACAAGCGAUUGUACUUGCCUGGCUCCAACAGUGGUACAUCCACGACGACCGCGUCUCAUCAAAAGGGUCGCAGCCGAAGGAAAACCACCACCGACGCUGCUCAGAACUACGACUUUCCGCUGACGGGUAUCGGCUCGGCGGCGCCGCCGCUCGACGACUAUCAUCAUCAUCACGCGAAUCCCUUCCUGACGCCCGGACCGCCCCUGUAUCAGAAUCAAAACGCGAAUGUGGCGUAUCACAAGGCCUCCGCGACUGCUACUUUGGUGCCUCCGAUCAUCGCGACUUCUACCACCUUGACGAGCAGCAGUAAUUGCAAUAUCAUGCAAAAUCAGCAGCAGCAACCCCAACAACAACAACAGCAGCAACAGCAACAACAACAGCAACAACAGCAGCAGCAACAACAACAACAGCAACAUCAACAACAUCAGCAGCAUCAACAUCAUCAUCACCAGCAGCAGUCGGGAAGUUUGACGAAUUUCAAUCUCAGCACUAUUUUCCCGGAGAUCAAGAUAACCGACAAAGUGAGCGGCUACAAGGGAUCGAACAAUCGAAUAGCAUCAGGAAUACCGCAGUCAACGACAACAACGAAUUACUCGCAACGGAGCAAUUAUACCGAUCCACUGUCGCAGAUAGCUCAGGUAUCGGAGUCGACCGGUCACUUCGUCAGCGGUGGUGGCGGCAAUAACGUCGUCGGUUCCGGUGGCAAUCGGUGAUAUCGACAGAUUCGAUCCUCCUGUACAAAAAUUCACUACAAAAAUUUGUAAAUAAUCUUUUAGGAAAUUUAAGCAAAAUUGUGUAAAUAUUCAAUUAUAUAUUAUUACCGAAUGAUAAAAAUAUAAGAAAAAUGCCAAUUUGUUAUUCUCUCUGUGGUUACAUUUUUUUCUCACUCUUCAGACAUCGCACAAAAAUGUACGAACAAAAAAAGAAGAAGAAGACUCGUCAAGUAUUUUUAUAUUCUUUCGUACUCGUCAUGCUCACUCAUUCGAAAUAAAAAAAACGGCACUUUAUAUAAAAUCAUCAUCAUCGAUCGUCGUCGUGUCCCCGGAGCGUCGCGCGAGUGCACGCGUACUCGAGAGAGAGAGAGAGAGAGAUCUCGAUCCGGAAGCCGGGUACGCUCGCACUCAGACGAUGACUCUCGGAAAAAUGCUACAUCGCUCGA